AUGAGCACAAGACGGAAGAAUGAAAAAGGGAAAAAUAAUGAAAGAGAUUUAAAAGAUAUAAAAAAUAAACUAGAAAAUUUAAAAAAUAAAACUCAAGUACCAGAUGGAAAAACAGAUAAUAAUAAAAAAAAUGUAGACCCAUUUGUUGAUUUAAAAAUACAUAUUUUAAAUGUUUUAGAUGAGACUAGAAAAUGUAUAAGAGAAAAAGAUGAUAUUCAAAAUGUUCAUGGAAAUAAUAUUGAAGUAAUAAAAAGAAGUAACAUAAUUUAUAAUAAUAUGAAAAAUUUAGAAACUUAUUUUAAUAAGUUAGAUGAAAUUUUAAAAAAACAAUUAAAACAAAGACUUACAUAUACUAGAGAUGAAUUGCUUGAUAAAAACCAAACAUUUGAGUUACUAAAAAAACAAUUUUAUGAAUGUAAAAAGCUAAGUAACUACAACCAGAUCAAAGAAGUAUGUAUGGUUAGCUUUUCAGAGUAUAAAAAUAAGACAAAAUUAGAAACCAAAGUAACAGAUAGUAACAUACAUGAUGAAGAUGACUUAAUUAUAAUAAACCAAUGGAAAGAAAGAGAUAAAAAUUUUAAUGAUGAGAUUUUAAAAAUAGGGGAUGCUAUUGAUAAAAUUGGGGCAAAUGUUGAUUUCAUAGCUGAAAAAGCUGAAGAACAAAAUGAUAUAAUUAUAAAUUUACAUGACCAAACUGAUAAAACUCAAGAUAAUGUAAAAGAAAUAAAUGUAGAAAUUAAAUUAGCAAUGAAAAAACAUUCACAUGCAACUUGGUGUUUAAGAAUUUCGUUAGCCAUUAUAUUUGUAUUUCUCGUCCUACUAACCAUAAAUAUUAUAUCAAAUAGGGUCAUCAAAAGAUUAUGA